AAUUAUUUCAUUAUUUGCCUAAACCAAAAUAACAACGAAAAUGGAUAGCAGAUGGAAAUCCUACACUCAUCAGAAAGAUGAAGAAGAAGAACUACGUUCGUUACCUUUGAUGCCAAUUUUUUAUUCAGUGCCUAGCGAAGGGGGAGAAGGAGACGUAUGGCAUUUAACUAGUGCUGUAGUCAGUAGAAACAGACAAGGCGAUCUUAGUACAAUCGCUAGCUCAGACGAUUUGACCUCUCUAGAAACUGCUUCACAAAACACAGAUACAGGAACAGUAAGAUCAGGGAGAUCUUCUUUUAGUAGUACAGGAUCCUUAGAUUCGGUUGCCCAAUCAUCACAGCCUACUACACCACAAGAGUCUCCAGUUUCUACUCCAGUUCCGAGGAGAAAAGUUCGAACUGCUUUAAAAUUGAACAUUGCAGAUUCGACAUGGAGAAGAAGUCGAGAGAGGAGAUCGUCUAAACGCAGUCGUAUGAAACAAAAUUUGCAUGCACGAAGUACCCGAGUAAUCGCCGUUGUACAGAAAAGCAAAAAACCUGAAUUUAGAUUCAAGGUUGUGUUGUUAGCAUUAUUCUGCUGUAUUGUGGUAUUAGUGGCUUACGGUCGUCACGAAUAUGAAAAAAGAAAGCGUCAAUUAGUAAUGAAAAAUAUAAAAUUCCACGAAUUAGAUAAAAAAUUUAGUUUACUCAAAAACGAAAAAGUUAUAAUUGAAAGUAGUUUGGGUACCGAAAUACCAAAUGAUUUACAUCCUUAUAACUGUAAAAAAACUUAUGAUUCUGCAAUAUGUCUGGAAUGGAUGUAUAGAGCUCGAUUGAGAAUUAAAAAGAUACACGAUGACGUAAAUAUAACUUGUUACGAUUUCCAUUGGGAUAGUUUAAACCCGGAAACAAAGCUUAAAGACUGUAUAGACAUGAGCCAAUCUAAUUGGUAUGGAAUAGGUAAUACAAAAAAGAUAACAUGGCCACUAAUUGGAUUUUCGGGAGAAUCUAAACCAUUUGUAACUGGAGACGCUGUUAAAGGAAGUUUUGGUUCUGUGCUGCAAAGAUAUUGGUUAUCAUCAAAGGGAGUUGCUAUAAGAACACAACCAGAUAUACCUUUAUAUGUCAGCAUUAACAAUAGCGGCAAUGAAAAUUUAUGUCUGGAAGCUAAAUAUGAUGGCUUUCCAUAUUACCACCGAGAUGGUGCCUUACCUCAACUUCAUUAUAUGAUUUGUGUUGCACCAUCAAUAAAUCUAGUACAUCAAGGUAUAUUGAAGAAAUAUUACAAAUUUCCCGAAAAUACGACUAAUAUGGAAACAUAUAUCAAUAACACUAUAUGGUUUCCUUCACCGAAACUUGGUGUGCCACUUAGUCACGAAUCUAUUAUAAAGUAUGCCAGUAAGAAUUUAGAGCAUUUUCAAGAAUUUAUAAAUAAUUUUAUGUUAAUUGAUAUUAAGUGGCAAGCUAAAUAUGGCGAUUUGGCUUUCAAAGAAAGUUUUGGUGAAUUACAUGCAUUUUUCACUCUUCUUCACAUGAAAACGUUUAAAGUUCUUUUAUCAAUUCAUCCAUAUAUCUGUUUAGAAUCAUCCUCAUUUAUUCGUUGGUCUGAUGAGCAAUAUUUUAUUUCUGAUUCUCAAAAUCGAGCUCCUCUCCUUACACGUUGGCAAAAUAAAUUAUGUGCCAUCAUAGAUUUUACCAAAGAUUCAUCGGCUAAGUGGUUUUUAACCCGUCUAGAGAAGCUAAAAUCAAAUUAUGGUAUCACUGGAUUUUUCUUUACUGGUGGACUAACAUCAUUUCAUCCUAGAAAUUACAAGUUUCAUCAAUUUUUUGUUAAUCCAGAUCACUUUAUCCACAGAUAUUUAAAUCAUGCAAAAGAAAUUAGCCAAAUAAUGGGAACUGAUAUCGGUUUUGAAACCGAAAAUAUUCCAGCAUAUAUUUCUCUGUUACCACGUACUUGUACUUGGGAUUCGCAUACAGGACUACGGUCCAUCAUUCCUUCUGUUUUAACUUUAAGUUUAAUGGGAUAUUCGGUCAUUAAUCCUGGUUCUAUUGGUGGUGAUAUUCCCAUUGGAACUAAUGGCACAUGCUUGGAUAGAGAAUUAUAUUUAAGAUGGAUGCAACUAGCAAUUUUUAUGCCCGUGGUUCAAUUUUCGAUCCAUCCGGCAGAUUUCGACGAAGUAGUAGUUAAAAUUGCAAAAACACUGUUACAAAAAAGAAAAGACGAAGUUCUUCCUGUAAUGAAAAAUGCAUUAAAGGAAUCUUUAGCUACUGGAGUGCCUUUAAUCCGUCCACUUUGGUGGUUGGCUCCACACGAUUAUAACGCGCAUCGUAUCGAUUCCGAAUUUGUAAUCGGAGAUAAAAUAAUUGUUGCACCAAUUUUAGAAGCUGCUAAAACUAUUAGAGACGUUUAUCUUCCUCCAGGUAUGUGGCAAGAUAACUGUGGACGAAUACAAAGAGGAGGCAAAUGGAUGCAUAAUUAUAUAGCCGAUUUGCAAGAAGUCCCUUACUUUAUAAAGCAAUAAACGCAAAAACUGCUGCUUUUAUGAAUAAUAAGUACUUACUUUGUAACAGGGUACUAUAAAAAUAUUAGUAAUCGAUUUAUUUUCAUUUUAAGGCAAUACUAAAUAUAUAUAUAUAUAUAUAACUGUACUUAUGAUCAGAAAGUAUUUAUUAUAUGAAGUAAGGAAUGAAUAAAUUCCUUCUUGAAUAACAAAAUUUUACUUUAUCAAAGCAAAAAGGUGUUCAAAAGACAAAUACAGUAUAAAUAUUGUUUAAAAUUUGUAGAUUAUAAUUUUUUAGUAAAUAUAAAAAAAUAUUUCAAAAUAAUCCUCUUUAUGAUUACUACAGUGACAUUUAAUAUAAUUGAAAGUUAUAAUUCAAAGACUUUAUAUAAAGUUAAUUAAACCUUCAAAAAAUUGCGAAUAAAGGUUCUCAUUAACACCCAUUAUCCAUCGUUAAUUACUAUUUAGCAAGG